AUGGGUGAGACACGGACCGAACAUCUUGCGCGAUACGCCGCCAGCCUACAAUACGGCGAUAUUACGGCGCCCGUGGUCCAGCGCACCAAGGAACUGUUUCUUGACUGGCUGGGCUGUGCCAUCGCAGGACGCCACCACCCUGCCGUCGCAGCAAUUGUGCGAUAUGCAACGCAAAUGGGCCCUUCGUCGGGAAAGAGCGAGUUGGUUGAUGGGUCUCUUGGAUUUAACACCAGCCCUGCCUUUGCCAGUUUGAUCAACGCGGCCGCUUCGCAUGUCGUUGAGCAGGAUGAUCUUCACAAUCGGAGUAUCAUGCAUCCGAACUUCCACAUGACUGGCACCGCGGGCACUGUUGGCGUUGCAGCCGCAGUAGGCCGGCUGCUGCAACUCGACAACGAAAAGAUGUUGUCCGCAAUUGGCUCAGCAGGGACCCAAGCUGCAGGUCUUUGGCAGUUUUUGAUGGAUGCAGCCCACUCCAAACAAGUACACACCGGUAAAGCAUGCUCCGAUGGUAUCUUCGCAGCAUACACCGCGCGCGACGGUCUUCUGGGACCCCGAGAUAUCCUCGAGGGCCCGCGAGCCAUGGGCGCCGCACUCGUCCCGGGGAAGACAAGUCCAGAAGCAAUUGACCAGAAUCUGGGGAAGGAUUUUGCUGUCUCGCGCUCCAGUUUCAAGUGGCACGCCUCAUGCCGCCAUACACAUCCCAGUGUUGACGCACUGUUGAAACUGAUGGAGAAAAACAAUGUCACAUUUGAUGAUAUUGAGUCCGUCAUUUCUCGCACAUACCAGGCUGCGAUCAACGUCCUGGGUAUGGGUGGUCCCGGGGAGACUGUGCACCAGAGCAAAUUCUCCAUGGGGUUCGUGCUGGCCGUUGCGGCGAAGAAGGGCCAUGCGUUGAUCACGGACUUUACUGAGGCAGACUUGCACGAUGCUUCUUUGCGCGAGUUCCAGAAACGCGUUACGAUGGAAUUGGAUGCGGAUAUUGAUGCUGCGUUCCCGUUAAAAUGGCGGGGGAUGGUUAUCGUCACCACGAAGUCGGGCCAGACGUUCACAGAGUCUGUUGAGUUUGCUAAGGGAGAUCCGGAAUUCUCUCUUACAAGGUAA